CAUUGCACAUGCGCACUGGUGCCAUAAUCAGAUGUCAACUGCAGUACAGAGAUAACGGGCAAACAUUUAGCGAGAGCUCGCGAGCUUAGGGAAGUCACAAUCCGUCACCAGAAGCUCCUCGAGCCUGAAGAGAGUAAUGAGGUAGAGAGUCGGACAACUAAUAACUUUAACAACAUGACUGACACUGCCACAGAGAACAUGGACCAGGAGUUUGAAGACAUAGACUCGGAAGGCCGGUGGCAGAAACUCUACCUUGAAAUUAGGAAUCAGUCCCACGAAUGCUCAUACAAAGUGGCAAAGUAUCCUGAGAAUCGCAACCGAAACAGAUACAGAGAUGUCAGUCCAUUUGAUCACAGCAGAGUGAAGCUGGAGAACACAGAAAAUGACUACAUCAAUGCGAGCCUGGUAGUGAUGGAGGAAGCCGGGAGAAGUUACAUUUUGACACAGGGCCCCCUCAGGAACACGUGCGGCCACUUUUGGCUCAUGAUCUGGGAGCAGAAAACCAAGGCGAUCAUCAUGCUGAACAGAGUCAUCGAAAAAGGCUCGGAAAAGUGUGCCCAGUACUGGCCGAGGGCUGAAGAGAGGGAGAUGGCCUUCAGAGACACGCGGUUCCUGGUCACACUGUUAUCAGAAGACCCAAAAUCAUACUACACCACCAGAGUUCUGGAGCUGCAGAAUUUGAGUACAGGAGAGAAGAGAGAGAUCUAUCACUUUCAUUACACCACAUGGCCUGACUUUGGUGUCCCAGAGUCCCCGGCGUCCUUCCUAAACUUCCUUUUCAAAGUGCGGGAGUCGGGAGCAUUGGGGGAGGAUCAUGGUCCAGCUGUGGUGCACUGCAGCGCUGGAAUUGGUCGCUCAGGAACCUUUUCAUUAGUUGACACAUGCGUGGUUCUGAUGGACAAGAGGAAAGACCGCUCUUUAGUAGACAUCAAAAGCAUCCUGUUGGACAUGAGGAAGUACCGCAUGGGCCUGAUCCAGACCCCGGACCAGCUGCGCUUCUCCUACAUGGCUGUCCUUGAGGGAGCCAAGUGCAUCACAGGAGACUCAUCUGUACAGAACCUGUGGCGGGAGUUGUCCAGGGAAGAUCAGGAGCCCACAUUGCAAUCGCCCCCAUCAACUCAGCCUCAGAGUAGGUGUCCGACAGAGCGAUGCAACGGGAGCCAGCGGGGGAGUCAGUCUGAGGAAGGGGAGGACUACAGACAGGACGGAAAAGUACCUGCACAGUCUCCCUGCACGGAACAGGAGCUGGACGGCAGCACAGCACACAAACGACGCAGAGAAGACAGCAUCUCCAAAUCAGCCUCAGCCAAAACACCCCAGAGUAAGCCCAGGACAAACGACUCAGAGAAGAAGAGAAAAAGGGCGAAAACCAGCGACUACUAACCACCUCCUCCUGUGGCCAGCCAUGCAGCGCCAGCUCUGGCAGCAAAGCAAACUUCGGCAGGGAACUCUAGCUCUCUCCCAACCUCUGUGCCCUUCUUCCUCUUCUCCACCUCGACAGCCAGCUAUCCUCUCUUAAAUGCUUCUUUUUAAAUCCCAGCUAAGUAGCAUUUUUCAGCCACUCCACACCUCCCUUGUUUUCCUCUUAAUAGGAGCAAGUUACUCCUAAAUCCGCCUUAGUCCUCCUCACAGCUUUCCUAAAUCUCCUCAUCCUCUCUUAACUGUUUACAGCCGACACUUCGACAUUCUUUGAAGAGAGCACAUUUUACCAGAUAAACACACCAGCGCUUUAUCCCUCAGCCACAACCUGUGCUGUUUCUGGAGUCACAAAAUCUUAUUGUUAGCUUUAAUUUUAUUACUUGCAGCUUUGACAUUCUGCUAUGCUUCUUUGCAUUUAUGAAAUCAAAAGUGAUAAUAGGGGCUAUGCAUUGCCAAUUUAUAAUGCUGUUCAUAUAUGUAUUUUUAGGUAACCUUUUUUCAGAGGCGGAAAUAAAAAUUUAUUUUUUAUAAGAGAUUACUUGAACAUUUUCACAAAGAUGGGGGAGAGUGGUUCAUUAAAAGCACUGCCUCCUCCCACAUGAGAAAUCCAGUGGCAUGUAAUGUUUUUCAUGAUGUACAUAAUGUUCUUUUUAAAAGAUGUGUAAAAAGACAUAUUUUUGCUUGUAUGAAAAGAAGACAGAUGGAUGACAAUGUUACAUAUUUGAUAACAGUAGAAAAGCUGAUUUGGUGACUUGUUCUCCUUUUGAAAUGAAUUGGUCUUAAGUUUCUCUUCUCUUAGUGUGUAAUCUACAAAUAAAACUGGUACUGUCUAGUUUGCAUAAAAACCUG